GCUCAGCUCCCCUGUAAGAAGAAGCCCGAAGCAGCCGCCGCGUCGCCGCUCCAUCAUCGAGGACCGCCGCCGCUGUGACUUCUUCGACUUCCUUACUUGUACAACCCGCCCAUCGAAUCGCCCCCCACCGCCUUCACCCAGACCACCGUCGACUGUUCUGCUCUGCAUCUCGUCGUCGUCUCGUCUCUGGACCGUUGCCUGCUUUGAAAAAGCGCGCUCGAUCGUUGCCGACACGAAUUCGAGGUCGAACUGGGUGAGUGAUUUGGAUGGAUAGAGAACGCAAACACGGCGUUCUCUCAUCACCGCUCCGUUCAUUCGACGAGAGUGGUGAAGGGGUCGACCUGUGGUGGUGACGACAACAAACGAACUCGGUUAUUCACCGGAAUCGUUGUGUGUCUUAGACUCUGGAGCAAUUGUUUCUGAACAAAGCCCCUGUCUGGAAAUCACAAAAGGUUAGUGUGGCGUACCUCACGGCACAUGAGGCUGAUUGUGUUCCGCCACCUUAGACCCGAUUUAGCAUGUCGUACACGUUUUCGUGCACGAACGAUUGGGUGUUCACGGACACUGAGCUGAAAGCCUCGCCGUCCUCGAAGAAAGGCAUCUCGUGGGACCAGGAAUUGGAACUACGCAAGAAUGGCAUCAUCUUUUACGAGAGCUUGGCGAAAAUAUUUCGCGUCCCUCGUCAAGCCAUUGCGACGGGCAAGCAAUUGUUCCACCGGUUCUUUAUUCGCGAGUCCUUUACCGACCACGACAAGUACUUGGUAGCCGCGACGUGUCUUUUUUUGAGUGCCAAGGCCGAAGAUCACCCAUUGUCCGUACACAACUUUGCCGAGCACUACAUCGCCCAACGCAAGGAAGUCACGAUGGAAUUUGCGCUGCGGUAUCACACAGUCGAGAUGAUUGCCGAAGCCAUUUUGCAGAAGGAAUACAUUGUGCUCCACACUUUGGCCUUCGAUUUGGACGUCGAGUUUCCCCAUUUGCUGUUGAGCGACAAGAUUGACAGUCUCGUGGACCUUCACACCCACUUGUCUGUCGCGGAGAAAGAAGCCUUGACCAACACAAUGAUGAAGAACUCGUGGAGCUUUCUCAACGACUGCUCCAGGACGCCACUGUGCUUGCGAUUGACCGCCGAAGAGAUUGCUGCCGGCGCUGCCUACUUGGCAGGAACAAUUGACGACACAAUUCCAUGCACAAUUCGAACCAAGGACGGUGAGAACUGGGAGUACGUGUUGAGCGACAACCAAAAUAGUUUGAUCGACUCCGCGACUAUGAUCCUGGAGGUGUACGUGUCUAUCAACGAAGCCACGUUGAGUCCAUCCAUCGUCAAGUUGCUCAACAUGUUUCAUCCCUACCGUGACCUGGACCCGAUGCCCGAUGCGAUUAUGGCCCCGAAGAAGCCAUCGACGUUGGACGACGGCGUCGACACGGACUUUGAAAGUGAUGUCACCACUCCCCCUGCGGACCGUACCCUGUUUGACGACGAGUUUGACGGUGUGAUCCACAUAUCCCGGAAGCGAUCGAUGGAAGAGUAUGACAUGGCGUCUCCUCCAUUCUCUCCGUGCUCGCCUCCGUACUCGCCGUGCACGCCCCCCUACGCCACCAGCGAGAAGCGGCCUCGCUGCGUGUGAAAAGAGGUCUGUUGAUCUCGUAUUUAUGACCACCACCACGACAAAAAAAUAUUUAACCCCCACGACCGACCCCAGAAAAAUCAGUUUGUGAUAGACAAUAGUUGCUAGAAAAUGACGCGUUAGGACCCCCAUUAGAUGUGAUAUUAAACGGUGGCUGCCGCACAGCCAAAACUCCCCACAAAAAUACAAUCCAAGAUGAAAUUACCA